GCCUGCCUGUCCUUGAGUGCCCUCUUGUCCCGGACUAAGCGUUGGCCCACACUCUAAGAAGGUGUACGUAGUGGGGGCACCGUCUGCAGAAACCUGCAGCUACCUGGGGCGGCAGCGGGAGUAGCGCGUAGGGCGUCCUGUGUGCCCCCCAUCCCACACUUCCUUCUGCUUUUGUGGGCCUGUCAGUAGGCCGGGAAAGUUACAGAGUGGCCCCUUGACAGCUGCGGGAUUUUCUUUUUGUUGUCCGAAAAGGGGGUCCUUCUGGGCCUGAUCCUAGAACCCUGUUGUGUGGCCAGAUGGCCCUUGCUGCGCUGGCUCUCAGGGUCCCUGGAGUGCCUGUAGUUGGUUACUAGACACUGGUAACAGAACCGUGAAUCACCUAGACUAUAACAGGAUCCCUUCCUGAGCUUCAGGGCUCUAAGCACCCAGGCCCAGAACCUGAGAAUCUUCGUGGUGUUUGGGGUCGGCCCUGCAGUUGAGCAAUGCAUGCAUCAGGAAGAACCUCCACUCAGUAAGGAACUGUGAGUUCUGCUCCUCCAGUGGCAGUUUCCCCUGUCCCAGGCUGGAGAACUGGAAGUCACAGAUGUGUAGCUUGCCUCCGACGUUCUCCAGAGUCUGGCUGUCAGAAUGCCCUCAGGACCACAGUUCUGUAGGAUAGGACAAUUGUGUCUAGCUGAACGGCAACCUUGUUUCCAUGAGGUAGCUGAUCCUGCUUCCUUUGAGGUCCUUCUGCUCUAGAGAGAUGUGAUCAUUUCUUUUCCAACAUCUGAGGAUCCCUGAAACUGUUUGAAUGGCAGACAGGUCAGUGUCCUCGAGGAACUGGCCAUGGUGUCUUAGAGCAGGAGGAGCAGUUGCACAUCUGUGUAGAGCCUCAGCUUGUCCUCCAGGAGAAAUGGGUUACUUUGCCCUCCAUCCUUGGAUCUGGGCUUUGCCCUAGUUCUGACUAUCAGGCUUUGCCUACUCCCAAGCCUUCCUGGCCCCUCUUGACAUUAUCCAGGCCUCAGGGCAAAACAGGUAAGCCCCAUUUUACAGAUGAGGAAACUGAGGCUGUAGGACAGCAGUUGUCAGGGGAGGGGUAGGUGGAGUUCUAAAUCUCCGAAUCAGAAUCUGCUUCCACAUUCUCAUUGGUGACCUUUGAGAGAAGAAGAGCCUUUUUGGUGGCCUAAAAACCCUCACUGUAUAUGCUGUUGAUGAGCUGAUCAGUUAAGAGCCCGAGGAAGGUAGAGUGGUCCUUUGUCCAGCCCUGUGGUCUUUAAUGUCAGCUGCCCCUCACUGUACUAGCCAAUUGCUGGGGCUGAGAGGGGAAAAUUAAAUGGAAAAAAAAGGAAACACAUAUACAGAAACCCAAGAUCACUGGUGACUUGUCACAUUAUUUUGUCCUGGUUUGUACACUGCUUGGCAUGGGAGGCUAAAUGAGAGAAACACAACUAUGGUCUUAAGGCUCUGUGCUUAAGCCUAGAAAAGGGACACUUCCUGUCCCCACCCCUCCCCCUCCCCAGAGGUGUGGAUUGUUCUUUUUCCUGACUGUGCAUCUCUUGACUGCCCUAUCCUCUGGUCCCCACUUCAUACUGGCUAUGUCACCUGACAAGCAAAGAGCAUCCUGAAAUGCAUGUGCUCCUGGUUCCAGAAGCUCUAACUAGUCUCCUGAUUCCUCGGGCUGGAUGCAGUCUCUGCCAUUUGGCCUUUCCACAUCCCCAGUAUGUCUUGGCUGUCUGGAGCCACUUGACCCCUAUACCUCUGAUAUCAUUGUGGCUUAUCCCCAGGGCUCUACUGGGGACAACCCAGCUUCUUGAGUCUCCCCAGCUCAAGUCAUGUGUGUUAUUUCUUGGCAGGUCCUGGUACCCAACUCAGUCCAGCCCUACACUGAGCAGGUAGCCAAUGAGCAUCCUCAGUUGGCUGCUGACCAUUGGUAGCGUUGGGUCAGUUGACUUCUAAAGUUGAAGAGAUCUUCUGAUCCGAAAGGGCAGCAUGUGAUCGCUAUGGAAACAAGCCCCUGGCCUCAUCUUGUUUCUCAGUCUUAGAAGUGAACUUACCAGCCUAGGACCCUUGCAUACGUGUCACUGAAAGGAGGCAGAGGAAGCUGUGGGUUGAGGCUGUGCUGGGAAACCAGCUUAGCCGCACGAUUGUCACUUUGUGGAUCAUAGCAUGGCUGUGUGGAAAACUCGUGACCAGUGGACCAAAGAGCAUCUUAAUGUGGGCAACAUGUUGCCUCCCAGGCUCGUCCUACUAGGCAAACAGUUUUCGGGGGUGGGGUUAUAGGAGGACAGGAAUACUCGACCACAGUGUGGAUAUACAGGAGUGAUAGUGUGGGGCCCUCAGGUGAGUCAUCAUAAGAUGCUGGAUAGCCUGACUAUUCUUUGUACUCUUCUACACAAGCUCCAUGUGGGAACCAGUGAUGUAGCCCCUCUGUAAGGAUUCACCCGGCACCGGGGCAGGCUUGCUCAAGUCUCUGCACUGGCCUCAACUCUCUUGUGCUGACAAAUGCAUAGUCAUGGCUCUCCUGCUGCAUAUCCCGUGUCUCAGCUUCCCUGAUGCUGCCCUCCCCACUUCCCUGGUGGCUAAGCUGGAGGAUGGGCUUCGAGAGAGCUUUGGGGAAACAUAUCGAUAGUUGCUGUUUGAAAAUGUCAAGGUGCAGCCAUGCCUGCAGCUAAUAGUCAGGGUGGGAAGGCAGCAGAGUACUCCCUGCUGUAGAGGGUGCUCCCAUGCCCUCCUCCAUGGUUCUUACAAAGUUGCCCUUUGGAUUUAAAGAACUAACUGGCUUUCUGUCCCUUUCUUGAUCUUGCUGACCAUACACCAUUUGAUGGAAAAAUCAAUGAGUUCUACAGCUUUCUGGAGCCCCUGUCUUCUGCAGAUGUGGAAAGGCCAGAGCAUAGUAAGAAAGGAAGUGCUGAGAGACGUGCUAUGGCCUCCUCACUCCUAAUCCAGCAGUGAGCCUGAGUGUGCUAUGAUUCUUGUUUUUUCCAUGGCAAGGACACCAGGCUACCUUCUAUCUUUUCUCUUAAAAUUGUAUUCCACAUUAAACAACACUGAACUUGUGAACUAAAACUGAAAUCUUUUGUUUUCCUGGCAAUACCAUUUUGAAAAAGAUAAUGUGCAGCUCCAGAGACACAGAAGGAUGUUCAGUGACCAUUUCCCUGUCCCGGAGGCAUCUGGGCCAGCAUGUAGAUGCCUCAGACUAUCCUUGCCUCAGAGGCCAGAUGCAGAAUCCCAGCCUCAAGAACUGCUAUAGUUCACCUCAACAGGAUUAGUGUGUCUCAUUUGUUCUGAAUAGGUCUACAGCUGGAGGCCCCACUGCUGUUGUGAGGCCCAACCUUGAAUUUGUGUGAGCACUUGUGUGUAUGUGUUUGCCAGGGCAGGAUUUCUCCGUGUGGCCCUGGCUGUUCUGGACUCACUCUGUAGACCAGGCCGACCUUGAACUCAGAGAUUCACCUGCCUCUGCCUCCUUCCCAAGUGCUGGGAUAAAGGUGUGCACAACUAUACCUCACUCCAGCCUCAGUUUUUUACUUCUGCAUGUGAGCUGGAGAACAGGAAGUACUUGGCAAAAAUGGGGGAGCGGGGGGAAUCUAGAACCAAGGUUGAGAACUACUUUGUAAUGUGUUCUGGCUUCAUCUCCCAUUUAGGAGGGAGGGUGUAGGACGGCACCCUUCUUCCUAAGGCUUUUAUCCUGCACUUGGCCCUUAGGUGGAGUUUGUCAUUUUCAGUGGAACAUCUGGUUCACUUGAUGAGUUCAGCUUGCACCUUUCCUCUUGUGUGCAGGUAGAGGGUGAUGGCCACUGUCUCCAGUGUUGUUCCUAGGAGAAGGCAGUGGCCUGGAAAGGAAGUGCAGGGUGAGGACCCAUGAGUAUCCUGCCUGGCAUGGCAGCAUCUGCCAUAGUAAGCAGGAGCUGAAAAAAAGCAGAGCUUUGCAGCUUGAACAGUGGUUACCCAUUGGCAAUUGGAAUGACGGAGUAGUGCCAGGACCUGAGUCCAGGGAAUCUUGGGGACACCCUGCUGUUCCCUUGAGCCCUGCCCCAACCUGGGCACAGUUCCCUGGCAGUACCUGGACAGCCUAGGCUUCCUUGCCAACUACUACUGAUCCGUGGCCCUGGAGAUGAACUCUGCCCAAGGGCAGAGCCAACGUGAGGAACAUCAAGGCAGGAUCUUGAAUAACCCCUUCUGUUGUCCUACAGUGUAGAAUUAGCCACAGGCUCGUUUGCCAUGGAACAGGUCGCUUCCUGUGACAGUGGCAGUGAAGAGCCAGCAAACCGUGUUGUCCCCUGUGGUCUCUGGCUGUCGAACAGACACACUUUUAAAGGGAAGGAGUCCCUGAGUAGCAUAUGCUCAGGUGGGGCAGUAAUGAAGUUCUCCAAGAGGCUCUAGCCGUAGCACUGUAGACGAGGGCAGAGCCUGAGCCAUAUGGCCAGUCAAGACUCGGUUGCAGGACUUUGGCCCAUGCAGAUAAUCCCAAAGCCUGCAUUUGGCAUUCCUGGGCCAGAGUCCAAACCCUGAUAGGAGGAGCAUGCUGUCUUGGUGAGUACUGCAGUGGUAGCCUCUUCAGAGGCCCUUUCCCAAGGCAGCAACCCCGGUGUGGGCACAUUGGCAUCUUGUCAUCUGUGGCCUCAGGUGAGCUAGUUAUCAAGUGCUGUGGCUUGUUGGUUGGCUUGGUGGACGGGUCAGCAGAGUUGAGGUGCUUGGGUGGGAGGGAGGAACCCCUUUCUCUGGGCCAGUGCUCUCUGGUGACCAGCCUUGCUGCCCUGCUCUGCCAGCUGGGUUCUCUGGCUUUGCAGAAACUGUUUUUGGAAAAGCUAUGCUAGUGGGGCUUGGUCCUGUCACUUGGGCCUCAUACUCUCCUGGAUGUACCACCUGAGAUGUCUCCACUAUGGCCUGCCAAUGACACCCACAUGGGGUUAUUGCACUAUAGGGUAUCUUGGCCAAAAAGAGGCUCAAAGAGCUGAGGGUGGUCUAUUUCUUGGGAGGCACUCCGCCUAUCUUCAGGGAAUGCUGUUCAGCCAGUUCUCACAGGGUUGAGUCCUCCCCUGGGGUAGAUCCUAGCCUAGUUUCUUGGAGGGAGGAUUCACUUCCUGUCCCCAGGUCACUUCCUUAGGGCUGGCCUUGGUAUCAGCUGUCUGUUGGACAGCGUUGCAUCUCAACAGUGGCUUGUUCUUGGCUUCAGAUCUGGACUGGCUGCUUCCUGCCCUGGUGGGUACAGUGCUAAGGUAUGGUGGGUAACUAUUGGUGCCAGGUGGGGCUAGGACUGCUGCUUUCUCUUGCCAUCCCCUGUCUCAAGAGAGGAGGAAUAUUGGGGUUACUGAAGUUACAGUGGCAGAGGAUGUCCCUUCGUAAACUUUUCAAGAGGAAGGGCUUGUGUGGUAGGUUCUCUAUCAGUUGGUGUGGAAACCCCAUCUGCUCUUGUUCCCUGGGGUUGGGCACUGUGCUUAGGGUACUCCCAAAUGGGGAUACAGGGAGACAUUGCACUUCCUAUACCAAGAGCUCUAGAAACACAAGGUACAGUAGGUUUCCCUGGCCUUGACUUGGUUGAUAUCCCCAGAUUGUCCUUCUGGGGAUGAGGCAUCCCACAAAUCCUUGGAAACUCUGGGCAGGAAGUACUGACUUGGCUGUGGUGUGUGGGGCAAAAAGACAGGCUAUACCAGGGGACCCUCACAUGGGUUUACAGCCCUUAGGUUUCAUGGCUUGUGAGGACCAUGAUGGUCCCCACCCAGCCUCCAGCCCUGAGCACCCGUGAGGAAGAAUGAGGGGCCUGUCCUACUUCCAGGUGGGCUGUCAUGACCAACACCUUCUCUCAGAGGGCCCUUAGAGCUGAAGGUGAAGCUGGGGACAACAGAGAGGACUUGGCCUCCUGACUGAGAGUACCCCCUUGUGUGGCUCUCUGCAGAGUCCAUGUCAUCCUGUCUUCUCAUGCUUGUCCUGGGGGCUAUUCUCCAGCUGCCCUCAACAUAUGCAGAGACCAUCUUACACCAAGGCUGGGGACAUGCUAAUACAUCCUGAUAAUUAAUACUUUGUCUUUCAGAGCAAUGGCAUCCCUUGCUUCCUUGAGGCCAGAUCUAGGCCACUGUCCCAUUUAAAAGUAGAACAGUUCCCAAAUGCAAAUAAGGGAGGAACUGGCUGGUAGGUCUUGGAGUGGGAAAGGCAUAAGUAAGCCCCAGGACUAAGAGGAUGGGCGAACCUAUCUCUUAAGUCUUGUGGUCCUUAGUACCCCUGCCCCUUCUGCCUCUCGUUGGAGGCUGAUGUGGCUACACGUAAGUCAUGUAGCAGUGAGACAGUGUCAGUGGUAGGGUCUCUGAGAAUCACUGUUUGCUGGGUCCAGCCUCCUAAAAGCCUGACUUGCAGUGGAGGUCAAAGGGUGUUUGCUGAGCAUACAAACUGGAGCCACAGGAGGAGCAAGGAAGUGCUCUCGGGAGUGGGGAGGGUCCUGUCCACCAACGAGCCCUGUAUGAGAGGACAGCCCGUGGGAUGGCUCAGGUCUGCUGUGUCCAGCUGGGGGCUGUGCUGUGUUCUUAUGAAGCCCUCUCCUUCCUGUUCUCUUUGCAGUACAGCCUAGGCAACCAGAAUGUGAGCAAAGACUGGACCCACCUGUGUUGGCAUUCUUCCGUGUCCCUGCCUAUUACCACAUGCUAAUUAUACUGGAGUGCUCUGGCCUAGAUGGGGAGACCUGGGAGGGGCCAGCCUCCUUCAUUCAAAGAAGGUCCCAGUGUCCUUGGCCAAGUGCUGUGGGUGUGAUAAUUACUUCUAUAGAGUGUUGGCCAAGCCAGAGAAACAGCCAGCCCUCUCUAGCUAGGGCUGCUGCUGGAUUCCCUUUCUACCCUUCCAGUGGUCCCUGAGUGCAGUUGUCAGAACCCAGAAGGAAAGCCUGUAGAACCUUUUACACAGCUGCCUACCAUACACGUGGAGUUACCAACCACCAAGGCUACAGAAGGUGCUGGGGCCUACAGUUGUGCCUGAAAGGCCAGCAGAGGGAAGCCGGCUGCCCUUUCUCCGGUGUGGGCCCUCUCCUCUCUCCAUGCUUCCGUUCGCGUGCCACCGGCCAGAGGUGACCAGGCCCGGCUCUCUACGUGGCCACUGUCAGGGGGGCCAUGGGGAGCUCUGCCUCCUCCCUGGCUGCCGAGACGGAGUCAGACCACGGCUUCCCUGGGGGGCCAUCCUACCCCGGACCCCCAGCAGCAGCUGGCUGGUGUAGGAGCGGCCCUGGGGAGACUGUCUGGGGAAGUGCUCUGGUCACCAGACAGCACCCACGUCCCCGGGCCCGAAGCCACACACAUUCUCCUGGGUCUAUGGCCACAGUUGGGGAGUGGUCCUGUGCGCGCUGCACCUUCCUGAACCCUGCCGGCCAACGCCAGUGCUCCAUCUGUGAGGCCCCCAGGCACAAGCCAGAUCUUGACCAGAUCCUGCGGCUCAGCGUAGAGGAGCAGAAAUGGCCCUGUGCACGCUGUACAUUCCGGAACUUUUUAGGCAAAGAGGCUUGUGAAGUAUGUGGCUUUACCCCAGAGCCUGUUCCUGGAGCCCCUCUGCUGCCCAUUAUCAAUGGGGUCCUGCCCAAGCCACCCACCGUCCUGGUGGAACCAAAGGGCAGCUGCAAGGAGGAAGCAGGCCCUGUGCGGACGGCAGGGCUAGUGGCCAUGGAGCCAGCCAGAGGGCACACUGAGGAAGAAGAAGAAAAGGAGCAGGAGGACGAAGGGAAAGGGGCAGAGCCUGGCAGUGGCUGGGCAUGCCAGCGCUGUACACUGCAUAACACACCAGUGGCCAGCUCUUGUUCUGCCUGUGGGGGACCCCGGAAACUGUCAUUGCCUCGCAUCCCCCCAGAGGCCCUGGUGGUUCCCGAGGUUGUGGCCCCUACUGGCUUCCAUGUUGUUCCUGCUCCAUCCCAGCCUCUCCUCCCUGGGGAAGGUGCUGAGGCUGAUUCUCCUUCUACCAGCCAGGGUCCCACCUCCACUGAUCAGGAGCCCCCCAGGGUACCACCCUUCAGCCCCUUCUCACCCACCCUACAGAACAACCCUGUGCCCAGAAGCCGCCGGGAGGUCCCCCCUCAGCUUCAGCCACCUGUGCCUGAGGCUGCUCAGUCCUCGACCUCCACCAGCUCCAAAGGGCCCUCCCAGGGCCCUGGAAGAGCUGCAGCUGGGGCCUCCCGCCUCGCUGAGCUGCUGUCGGGCAAGCGACUGAGCGUACUGGAGGAGGAGGCCCCCGAGAGCAGCCCUGCCCGCUGUGAGUCGUGCAGUGACGUCAUUGACCUGGCUGGAGACACUGUCCGCUACACACCGGCCAGCCCCUCCAGCCCUGACUUCACCACCUGGUCAUGUGCCAGGUGCACACUUAGGAACCCCACAGCAGCCUCCAGGUGUUCAGCGUGUGGUGGCUCCAAGCUGCAUGGUUUCCAGGAGCACAGUGAACCCCCUUCCCACUGCCCCGACUGUGGUGCCGACAAGCCUGGCCCCUGUGUUGGCUGCUGUGGACGAGCUCCCUCAGCACAUAAGGCUGCCCGUCUCUUGCCUGAUGGCCUGGGCCAGUGGGCCUGCCCUGCCUGCACCCUGAUCAACGCGCCUCGGGCCAAGCACUGUGCAGCCUGCCACACACCACAGCUUCUAGUGACCCAGUGCCGGGGGGCUACACCCCUGAGGCGCAGGGAGAGCAUGCAUGUGGAGAAGCGGAGGCAGACAGACGAGGGCGAGGCCAAGGCACUCUGGGAGAACAUAGUGGCUUUCUGCAGAGAGAAUAGUGUGAACUUUGUGGAUGACAGCUUCCCCCCCGGGCCUGCAUCUGUCGGCUUCCCAGUGGGCGACAGCGUCCAGCAGCGAGUGAAACAGUGGCUGCGGCCCCACGAAAUCAACUGCUCUGUCUUCAGGGACCACGGCACCCCGUGGUCAGUCUUCCACACCCUGAGGCCCUCUGACAUCCUACAGGGGCUGCUGGGGAACUGCUGGUUCCUGAGUGCGUUGGCAGUACUGGCUGAACGUCCCGACCUCGUGGAAAGGGUGAUGGUCACACGUAGCCUAUGCGCAGAGGGUGCCUACCAGGUGCGGCUGUGCAAGGACGGUACGUGGACGACAGUGCUGGUGGACGACAUGCUGCCCUGCGAUGAGGCUGGCUUUCUGCUCUUCUCACAGGCACAGCGGAAGCAGCUAUGGGUGGCCCUCAUUGAGAAAGCGCUGGCCAAGCUGCACGGCUCCUACUUCGCCCUCCAGGCAGGGCGUGCCAUUGAAGGCCUGGCCACACUCACCGGUGCCCCCUGUGAGAGCCUGGCGUUGCAGGUCAGCUCCACUAACCCCCGAGAGGAACCUGUUGACACUGACCUCAUCUGGGCCAAAAUGCUGAGUUCUAAGGAGGCUGGGUUCCUCAUGGGUGCCUCCUGCGGAGGAGGUAACAUGAAGGUAGAUGAUGCUGCUUAUGAGAGCCUGGGUCUGCGCCCCCGCCAUGCCUACUCCAUCUUGGAUGUUCGUGAUGUUCAGGGCUCCAGUCCUGUUAUCUACAGGCUCCUACGACUCCGGAACCCAUGGGGCCGUUUCUCCUGGAAUGGCAGCUGGUCGGAUGAGUGGCCACACUGGCCAGGGCACCUGCGAGCCGAACUCAUGCCACAUGGCAGCAGUGAGGGUGUUUUCUGGAUGGAGUAUAGUGACUUUAUCAGGUACUUUGACUCUGUGGACAUCUGCAAGGUACACUCAGAUUGGCAGGAGGCGCGGGUUCAGGGAAGUUUCCCAAGCACUGCCAGUGGACCAGUGGGUGUGACGGCACUCACGGUGCUGGAGCGUGCCUCACUGGAGUUUGCCCUCUUCCAGGAGGGCAGCAGGCGCUCGGAUUCAGUAGACAGCCACCUCCUGGAUCUGUGCAUCCUGGUAUUCCGGGCCACUUUUGGCACUGGUGGCCGCCUGAGCCUGGGCCGCCUCUUGGCCCACAGCAAACGUGCUGUUAAGAAGUUUGUGAACUGUGAUGUCAUGCUGGAGCCUGGCGAGUAUGCUGUGGUGUGCUGUGCCUUCAACCACUGGAACCCUGCUCCACCAGGGCCCCCUGCCCAGGGUAAGGGCCCCAGCCAGAUGAGGCCCACACCCACCUUCCCACCCUCCGAGCCCCAAAGCCCACCCACGGGAAAGCUGCUGGCUCCCUUAUCCACACCCCCCACAGCCUCCAGCCCCUCAGCAGGGGUCCCCCGAGGUGCCCCCGAGCCACCCGGCCACGUACUCGCAGUGUACAGCUCCAGGCUGGUCAUGGUGGAGCCGGUGGAGGCGCAGCCAACCACACUGGCCGAUGCCAUCAUCCUGCUCACUGAGAGCCGGGGCGAGCGGCAUGAGGGCCGAGAGGGCAUGACCUGCUACUACCUGACUCAUGGCUGGGCGGGGCUCAUCGUGGUGGUGGAGAACCGGCACCCCAAGUCCUACCUGCACGUGCAGUGUGAUUGCACCGACAGCUUCAACGUGGUGUCCACGCGUGGCAGCCUGCGUACCCAGGACAGUGUCCCACCCCUGCACAGGCAGGUCCUGGUGAUCUUGUCCCAGCUGGAAGGCAAUGCUGGAUUCUCCAUCACCCACCGCCUGGCACAUCGCAAGGCAGCCCAGGCCUUCCUCAGCGACUGGACAGCCUCUAGGGGUACCCACAGCCCCCCACUCACACCUGAUGUGGCCGGUCUACAUGGACCCCGGCCACUAUGACUACAGUUCCCCAGGGCAGGGGCUAUGUGCAGAUCCACCCACCUGCCCUCCCCUACAUGCACUUUAUGAGGGAGACCCCCAAUGGAGGAUGCUUGAACCGGAAUCUCAGGACCCUGCCCAGGGAGCCACCGGCUACAGGGUGCAGCCUCCCCUGGGCCUCCCUCCCCUCCUCCUCCACCCCAAGUACCCUCAGUCCCCACCAGGCCUCCCAGCUGCCAUGCAGAAUACCUCGAGCCGGGUGGGUUUCAUUCCAGUACUUCUGUCCUGAGCCCUGGGGACAGCUUCAGGUGGCCAAGGCCGAAAUGGGGCUGGCCUUCCCUGUGAAUAUGGGGUCACUUGCUAUAGAGAGGCAUCCCAGAUAUGUGUUCACAGAACCAAAUCUGGGGGUUCAGAGGCCAUGAUCCUGCCUUGAGAACCUGGGUAACCCUCUGUGGGGGCUCCGAUCUGCCGCUUCCCCCCUUGGUUUGUUCCCAAGCCCAACUCCUUGCCUAAUGAGCAGGGUCCUGAUAGCCCUGGCACAUGAGCAGCGCAUUGCAGGAAGCAGAUGCCUGAUGGCCAUCAGCCAGGGCUUGGGGACAGCUGCCCCUCCUGCAACACUAUGCAAUUCCUGGAGCACCUGCCAGGAUCGAAGCCAUGAUGGGGUGGCAGGUCGGAAGCCAGACCCAGCCCAGCUGUCUGGAGAAGCGCUUUGUCCUUAGCUUCCCUGGCCACAAUCGGCACUGUCCCAUGGCCUCAGUCUGUCCACCAAGAAGGACACCCCACCCCAGUCCCGUUACAGGCACAUGUAAGGUGUGACUGAUUACUCCCUUCCCUAGAUGAGGGAGCCAAGCUGCCCACCUGCCCAGCAUUCCCCUAGCUGCUUGUCAAAAUCAGAGCCCUUACCUGCCACAUGGACGCCUGAGUCUUUUCCUGGGCCCCCACCUGGCUGCCACUGUCCUGCAGCCCCCUAGGUAGUGGGCAGCUCACACACCCACUAUCCUUGCCUCCAUGGGGCUUGCGAGGGUUUUUAUACCUAAAGAAACACUCCCCUCCCCUCUGGGCCCCCUUUUACUCUGAGCUGUGAAUAUUUUUAACCCUGUAAAUAGGACCAGCUCUUCGAACACAGAGACUAUUUUAUCAGCUAUCAGUCCCUUCCUUGUUCGAUGACUCCAUAGGCCGUUUCCACUCAGGCUCCAAGGACCAAAUAAAAGCGUUUUGUUUUGUAA